AUGGCAACUGUCGAACGAAACUCUUUCAUCCGCAUGGCUUUGAGGCAUUUGAUGUGUUCUGCGGGAUUUGCUCAAAGCGUCUAUGAUGAGAGACGAGACGUGGGCUUGACCAACCUAUUGGUCAUACACUCGCACCUCUUACCGUUGUUUCGAGACCUGAUCAUUCAGCUAGUAUCAUCACUGGAGGUGGUUGACUUCGAAAAUCAACCAAUCCCCGAGCUCUCAUUGUUUCCAAAGUUUGCGGCAUUGCAGCAUACUAUGGAACAAACCGUUUCUGCUGUCGUGUCCGUUGCCCUUCGCCCCGAUCAGCCCGACAUCAAGAAGGAUGGAAAUCGCAACGAUUUCAAAAUAUUCCGAACUUCUUGUUUACUAGAGGAUCUCGAGGAGCUGCAGGAUCUUAACCGGGCCCUCUUCAAGGUGCUUUGGGAACUCAUUCAAGGCCCUACGACCAUCGGCGACCCGGUGAACAACCAAGUUCAGAACACCGAUGUAGGCUGGUGGGUCAUCGACGAUCCGAACGCUGACGACUUUUGGCCAACCAACCCAGACUUGGUGGCCAACCAAGACCAGCUGGGAAACCAAGAAUGGUUUGGCAACCAAGACUGGGUAAUUGGAAACCAAGACUGGGUAAUUGGCAACCAAGACUGGCCGGUAAUUGGCAACCAAGACUGGGUAAUUGGCAACCAAGACCGGGCGGACAACCAAGACAUGGGGGCCAACCGAGACCGGGCGGGCAACCAAGACAUGGGCAACCGAGACCGGGCGGACAACCAAGACGGAUUGGAAGACCUAGACCGAGAACGCGACCAAAACUGGGAGGGCAACGACAAUUCAAGCUCUGAGCAAGGCCCGGAGGAUGGAGAUGCGCAGAAAACGGAGAGCUCUGGAAAAGAAGAAAGCUGGACGUCGAAGAAGAAACAGGAAAUGAUCUUGAGAGCGACUAUGUCGAUAAAUUUUAUCGAUGCAACGAUUCGACGUUGCAAACAAUCGGACUUUGCCCUCCUUCACAAACCCUGGCAAGCCGCUAUCCAGGUCAUCGAUCACGCACUCUCAUUCUUCUACGAAAGAUCGGGUAAUUCAUUAAGCAGAAGAGACGGUAUCGCUCGACUAACUAGAUCUGCCACUGCGCUCAUGAAAGUCACGAGGGUUUUCUACAACAGGUUGUCGAAUACCUCAACGCAUCUGUUACCAUUUACCUUGCCCCAUGAUGUGAGCACCGACGAACUUGAAUGGAUGCUUUGGAACACGGCGCCGUUAGCUCGCACAAUCGAUGAUGCGUUAUUCCCCAUUCUAUAUGAAAUCAAUUGUGCCGAAAGGAUAUUUCACCGGCAUUAUAUCCUUCAGCGGACAGUUGGAGAGAUGCGCAAUGAGUUCACAGCUGCUUGCGAAUUCUUGAAGAAAUAUCUCGUUCCCUUGUCUCCAAAAGCCGGUUAUCCUAGUUCAGCUCCAUUUGUGUUCGAUGAUUAUUUUCGGGAUUUGAAGGAUCAGUUUCAUCUUGCCUGCGACAAUACCAUCGAACUCACUGACAAAGUAGAGGACUAG